AUGGGGCGGUUUUGGGGGUCCCAGGCGCUGGCCGAGAUCCUGAGCGUGAAGGACAUCAGCGGGAGGAAGCUGUUCUACGUGCACUACAUCGACUUCAACAAGCGCCUGGACGAGUGGGUGACCCACGACCGGCUGGACCUGAAGCGGGUGCAGGUGCCCCGCAAGGAGGCCAAGACCCCCACCAAGAACGGCCUGCCCGGGUCACGGCCCGGCUCCCCCGACAGGGACACGAGGAAGAGCCUGGAGCUGGCGCUGCCGGUGGCCCCCGCCAGCGGGAAGAGUUUGCCAGGGCCACCAGCAGGGCCACCAGCGGGGCCACCAGGGCCACCGGCGGGGCCACCAGCAGGGCCACCAGCAGGGCCGGGGCCCAUCACGCUCCGCCUGCACCUGCCCAAGGAGAGCGAGGCCGAGCCCCCCCAGCGCCCCACGAAGCGCAAGGUGGAGGUGGUGUCCCCGGCCACGCCCGUCCCCGCCCCCACCGAGACCUCGCAGGCCUCCGUGUUCCCCCAGAACGGCUCCGCGCGCCGGGCGGUGGCGGCGCAGCCCGGCCGGAAGAGGAAAUCGGCGUGCCUGGGGACAGACGAGGACUCGCAGGACUCGUCGGACGGGGCCCCCUCGGCGCCCAGGAUGACGGGCAGCCUGGUGUCGGACCGCAGCCACGACGACAUCGUCACCAGGAUGAAGAACAUCGAGUGCAUCGAGCUGGGCCGGCACCGCCUCAAGCCCUGGUACUUCUCGCCCUACCCCCAGGAGCUCACGGGGCUCCCGGUGCUCUACCUGUGCGAGUUCUGCCUCAAGUACGGCCACAGCCUGCGCUGCCUGCAGAGGCACCUGGAGAAGGAGUCGACCGAGGAUUACAACGUGGCCUGCAUCCUGACCCUGCCCCCGUACCAGCGCCGCGGCUACGGCAAGCUGCUCAUCGAGUUCAGUUACGAGCUCUCCAAGGUGGAGGGCAAGACGGGCACCCCCGAGAAGCCGCUCUCGGACCUGGGGCUGCUCUCGUACCGCAGUUACUGGUCCCAGACCAUCCUGGAGAUCCUCAUGGGGCUCAAGGCCGAGGCCGGCGAGCGGCCCCAGAUCACCAUCAACUGUGCACACCUGUAUGGGGGUCAGUACAUCCUGACACACCUGUCUCACCUGUGUGUCUCACCUGAGCAGGGUCAGUACAUCCUGACACACCUGUGUGUCGCACCUGUGCAGGGUCAGUACAUCCUGACGCUCUCCGAGGACAUCGUGGAGGGCCACGAGCGCGCCAUGCUCAAGCGGCUGCUGCGCAUCGACGCCAAGUGCCUGCACUUCACCCCCAAGGACUGGAGCAAGCGCGGCAAGUGGUGAGGCCACGCCCACCUGGCCACGCCCACCGGACCACGCCCUGCCAGGCUCCACCCUGCGUGGGCCACGCCCUGCUCGGCCACGCCCGCCAGGCUGCGCCCUGGCCACGCCCUACCGGGCUCCACCCCGCAGGGCCGCAUCCUGGCCACGCCCUUCCAGGCCACGCCCCCUCGUUACCAGGCGCCGCACAUUAAACAACACCUGGCCCCGCCCACA